AUGAUGCAUGACAUAGUGGUGAGCAUGCUGCUUCCUCGAAGCACAGAGGAUGGUGCAACCCGCGGACAGCAAGCACUGGUGGUGACAGCCGUGCUUACCGGGCUCUCGAUUGUGAUCGUCGCGAUGCGAAUGUACGCGAGAGUCGGGCUGAUGAAACUUAUUGGUCGCGAAGAUUACAUGAUCUUGACAUCACUGGUAUUGGCGUGUACAUACCUAGGUUUCGUUGCUGCUGAGGUUCAUUUCGGUCUUGGACAACACUCAUACCACCUGACAAUCCCCCAGUUAAAACAACAAUACAAGCGACUCUGGGCCGCAAUCCCCUUCUACAAUGCCAGCCUUAUCUUCACCAAAUUCUCCAUUCUCUUCCAAUACCUGCGAAUCUUCCCUGACCGCCGCUUCCGACUUUCCUGUUACAUCAUGCUGGGCAUUGUAGCCACGUACGGAACGUGGGCUGUCUUCAGCGGCUUCCUGAACUGCAUCCCAGUAUCCCGGUUCUGGGACCGCGCGAUCCCCGGCUCCUGUCUCAGCUUCGAGGCCGUGUGGUUCUUCAACGCUUCGAUGAACAUCGCCACGGACACAAUACUGCUGUUCAUGCCGAUGCCUCUCCUGUCACAUUUGCAGCUUCCGCGCAUGCAGAAAGUCGCCCUGAUGGGCAUUUUCGCUCUGGGCGGGCUAGUCAUAAUCACCAGUGCCCUCCGCCUCUCAAGCCUCCUAACCGUCGCCCAAGACACAGAUACAUCCUGGAGCAACGUCGGCGCCGCCUACUGGACAGCCGCGGAAUGCAACGUCGCCAUCAUCUGCGCCUGUCUACCCUUCCUGCGCCCCCUGAUCAGCCGCAUCUUCCCCCGCUUCCUCUCCACCAACACAAACAGCUACAACCGCUACACCCGCAACCCCACCAUCUCGGCCUCCCGCAUGACCGCCACCCGCAUGACCGCGCGCUCGCACCGCCAGAAAGUCGAGCUCUACUCCCAGGACCGCGACUAUGGGAUGUACACCAUCGAUGUCAAGUCCGGGGAGACGAGCCAUGAGGGCACGUGUGCGGGGAUCGAGGUCACCACGACAACGAUGAUUCAGUCGUCGAGACAUGGGGAUGCGAACAGUCAGCGGAGGUUGGUGGUGGAGGAUGUUUGAUGAUUUUGUCAUGUCUUGAUCACAUCCUUUUCUUCUAUUCUGAUAUUUCCCGCGCCCUUUCUUUGUUUAGGGCCGGUUGGUCGGUGUCUGGAUGAUCUUCACUUGAAUAUAUGUAUGUAUGCAUGCAUGGUGCAUGAUAUACGCCAUCUUCUAUACCUGCUACCCUUACCUCCCACUAUAUCCCCUCGUUUUUUAUACCCCACCCCUCCACCUCCCUUCUCUUUGGACCGAGACCAAGAUCAUGUCCCCCUCCCUUCCCUCCCCCUCGAUUUACAUCCUCACAUCUGCCGAUGGCCAGCCGAUUGUUAAUGACUAUCAUGACUAUAUCUAUAUCUAUAUUUAAA